UAUAUUAUGACUUUUUGGAUUUAAUGUUCCCUCAGGCUCUACUAAGUCGCAUUGUCACUGGAAAUCCGUGAGAAGCAUUGCGGAUCAACGACAGACCUUGAACAUUCAGCUCCGGCAACACCGCCAACGCUUCCGGCUUCUGUUUUUCUACCGCACUUUGAACCAGCAAAAAGUCAUUGAGCUCGAGCUCAACCACACAACCUAAAAAGCAUCUCCUAAAGACCUUGCUUUUACAUUGUUGUCCUUCAUCUUCAACCUCAACAUUGAACCUGUGUAACCAACUGUUCUUCCAUCUUGAUCAUCCAUCCACCUCAGCUUGAAGGUGAACGGCACGACCGACGACUCUCCUUCUUUCCAACGCUUCUUCUCUCACACCAUGGCAUUCGAUGCUGGUGAAGCAGGACUCCCCUCCUUGCUUCUUCAUGCAGCACAAACCGCAGCAGCCGCCGAUGGUCUCACUGCUCCACUGGAAACCAGCGACCCUCAGGGUUUUGCCAAGCAACAAGGUCUAGGCUUGGACCAUGCGUUGGCCGCCGCCAGCAACCAAGCCGCGAGCCGCAAGGUGGGCGGCAAGAAGAAGGGUCCUCCGCUCCGUCGCGGAAAAUGGACUCCCGAAGAGGAAGCCUAUGCCAAUCGCCUGAUUCAAGAAUUCAAGGCGGGUCUGCUCCCAUUGACCGACGGUACCACUCUGCGUACGUUUCUCUCCAAGCUGCUCAACUGCGAUCCCAUGCGCAUUUCGAAAAAGUUCGUGGGUAGCAACUGCAUUGGAAAACAAGUCUUUCGCCGCCGCACGGCCGAUAUCAAUCGCCUGACACCCGAUCAAAUUCAGCAAAGUCGUGCGGAACUGAGCGAAUUGGAACGCCGGUUUCUGGAACGAGUGGCCCAAACCAACCGCGUCAAGUCGGCGUCCGGUGUCGGUGGAGCUUCCACUUCGGCUGCAGCGGCUUCGGCAGUCAGCGCUGCGGCCGUCCUGAGUGGCGGCGGUGGUGGUGGAGGAGGAGGUCAUGCUCAUCAGCAUUUAAUGCAGAAUCAUGCGUCUCUGCAGAGCCACUUCCAAGCACAACCCAAGGAGGAGCCGUCAUUCGAUAUGAAUCCACCAAGUCCUCCGUGGCUCCAGCCACCACUCGGAUACAAGCAAGGAUCGGGUGCCGCCAUGGCCGCCUCGAAUUUGUCAGGAGGAGAAAGCAAGAGCAGGGCGGCAGCUGCGGGCCGUGCGCUUCUCCAAGGUCUCGGUGGAGCCAACCUGAAGGGCCUCAAGGAACGCAAGCAGCCCAGCCAACAACAGCAGCAACAACAACAACAGCAGCAUGCAUCCAAUCCACUGACAUCCCAAGAAAGUGCUGGAUUGUUGGCCAUGGCAGAACUGCAGCGUCGUGCCAGUCAAAACAACUUUUUCUCGAGCAAUUUCGGAGGGUCUUCUGCCAGCGACAUUUUGGCGGCUGCCGCUGCGGCCCGCAAUGGCAGCAAUUCGGCACUAGCGCAAAUUGCCCGCAAUGCAUCAGCAGCGAGGUUGGCUGCCUCUGGAAAUUCCAUGAACAGCCUCAUGAUGAAGACUGGACUGUCUCGGGACCAACUUUCUCAGUUGGCUCGAGACAAGGGAUUAUCAUCCGCGUCGUUGACCAACAUGAUGGAGCGCCAAAACAGCUUUGAUGCGCUCAUGUCUCUGGACUUUCAGAGUCUUCAGUCCAUUGACAACCUUGCCAACCUGAUUCAGACUGGUGGGGCCGGGCAAGUGCCGGAAGGCGGCAUGAAGAAUUGGUCGGCAGAUUCACGAUCCAAUCUGGCAGCUGCCGCGGCGGCAGCCGGGUCAACUGGCAACCUGUCGAAUGCCGCCCGCAGAUUGGCCAGUGCUGGACGUAUGGAAUCUCUACUUAGGUCACUGUCGAGUGCUGGAAAUCUUGGCAAUGAACUAGGUGGUGGCAGUGGGGACGCCAACAAGAACACCACCGAACGCGCCAGUGGAAACUCCAAUGCCAACUUUAGCAGCUUACUUCAGAGCAUGCAAAGCAACCUGAACAACUUUGGUGGCGGUGGGGGUAGCACAACAGACUUUCUCAACGCCGCGAGUGGCAACAGUGCAGGUCGAGACGGCGAGUCGGGGGGCAACGCCAACAACAUGGCAAGUGCUGUGUCGUUGGCCAACUUGUUGCGACCCACUGAUUCCUCCACAGGAUUGACUGCUCUGAGAAUGCAAGAGGGUCUCAACCAACGCAACUCGAGCGUAGAUGAUUUCCUGAGUCUUGUGGCAGCCGGUGAUAUCCCUCAUCAGGAUCCUUCGUUGCUGAACAUUCCCCUGAUGCAGCAACAAGCAGCCGCAGCCGGCGGUGAUCCGCAGGCCGCUGCGGCCUUCCUCGCGCAGCGCCAACUACUUGCCAAGGCCGCCCAAUCAAGGUCCUUUCAAAACCUCGCUGGUGGUGGGAAUCCUUCCGCGGGUAAUUUGAAUUCGUCUUCCUCCGCCGCUGCAUUUGCCAUGGCAGCUCGUGGCCGCGAUGAGUCUUCCAACCAGCUGAAACGGAAGUUGCUAGAUUUAGAAGGCGUGUUCGAUGGCCAGGGCCAGAACAAACGAUGAGUUUGGCAGUGGCUCCCGGCAUACCGUACCACUACAAUGGCUACAUGAUCCUUGCAUAUUUCACUUCACUCCACUCGGCUACGUUUUUCAUUAACCCCUACUUCUAGAUGUUGUCAAUGAAUAUUCUAUAUACGAUGUGAACUCUUGGUAC